AUGGCGGAUUUCUCACCGAACAACUCGCUCCUCCUCAAGAUGCCUAGCCACUCCCCAAACUUCUCAAGCCUCCUGUUCUACGGCCAGAACCAUGGCGAAGCAGCGCCUGCAAAUGCAAAUGCAGCAGCAGCAGCAGCAAUGGUGGAGAACGCUUCACUUGAGAGCUCUUCUGCAGUGGUUGACACCUCCCCACAGGACAGUGCAUCUCCAAUGGAGAGGAAGAGGAAGACUACAGAAGACAGUGCCACGCUGAGCUCUGCUCAAUCCAAGGAUUGCAAGCAGGAGAGCAAGAGCAAGAGGGGGAAGAGGCCCCACAAGGAGACUGAGGAGAAGAGCACCACUGAAGAUGAGGCCACCAAGGGGUACAUCCAUGUGAGGGCAAGGAGGGGUCAGGCAACAGACAGCCACAGCCUUGCAGAGAGGGUGAGGAGAGAGAGGAUUAGUGAGAGGAUGAGGAUGCUGCAAGCACUGGUCCCUGGUUGUGACAAGGUUACUGGAAAGGCCCUGAUUUUGGAUGAGAUUAUCAAUUAUGUGCAGUCCCUGCAGAACCAAGUUGAGUUCCUUUCCAUGAGGAUUGCCUCCAUGAGCCCAGUGCUAUAUGGGUUUGGACUGGACAGUGAUGGCCUCCAUGAUCACGCACAAAAGAUGGGAGGCAUGUUCCAAGAAGCUCUUGCAAUGCCAGGUCCAGUGAUGAGCCAAGCUAGCCCAGCUCCAUCUCAAGCCAUCAUGGACACCACCUCCACCACACCCUACCCACUGCAGGGCCAGGGUUCCAUCUCUUUCUCUCAGGAAAAUGGCAGCCCUUACCUGAUGCAGGAAGCAGUGGGGGAGCCAACAAGGCAGGAGCUGCUCAACCAGCUGGUGUUCAACCAUAUGUGCUCUUUCCAGUAG